GAGCGUGGGCGGAGGCGGAGUUUAUUAAAGGGAGCAACUGGCAACAGCGGCAGAGGCUCCCUGACAACCGGGUGGUGGGCGUGCCUGCGAGGAACGACUCACGUACACUAUUGCCCCAGCAGCUUGCAAGGACACGCAGCGAUGCCUUGGCACGACCUAGGGGACGACCCUUGUCCACCAGCAAGGAAGCCUGGUGACAUCGUCAGAGGGGCUAGAAAGAUUCAACUCCGCACCAACUAUUUUGAGGUCACAAUAAAGAAUCCCAGCAUAACUCUUGUACAUUACGAUGUGGAUAUCAAGUUGGGCAAUAACAUGGCAGUCAUGUUGCCAAAGAAAAAGCGCAUGAUGAUAUUUCAAGAAAUGAUUAAAAAAUUUCCAAAAGUUUUUGAGGGCCGCGUAAUUGGAUUUGAUUCAGAAAAGAAUGCCUACUCCACAACAACUCUCUUCAAAGAAAACAAGACCAACCCUGGAAAGAAGUUUCAGGUUGAAAUACGUGAAUAUGAGAAGCCUCAAAAAUUCAUGGUAACUAUGAAGGCAGUCAAUCGUGAGAAAUUAUCAUCUAUGAUGGAUGCAUUCAAAUCUGGAAAUAGUACCAUAACAAUACCACAAACCACCAUACAGAUGCUAGAGGUGAUAUUCCAUCACAACCUCAGCACACGAUAUGAAAAGAUUGGUCGGAAUAUGUUUUUCUCACAAACAGAUUUUGGGAAGCCUUAUAACUUAGGAGGAGGAAAAGAGAUCUUAUCUGGUUUAUUUGGCUCUCUAAGACCUGCCUGGAAAGACAACUCAAUGCUCCUAAAUGUUGAUGUGGUGAAUGCUGCCUUUUAUAAAGAACAGAGUGUUAUUGAGUUCAUCACAAAACUUCUCGAUAUUUCUGAGGAUAAACUUGAGAAGCCAUUCUCUACAUCCCAGAAAAGGAAGGUUGACAGCAGUUUGAAAAAAAUAAAGGUGCGAGAAACUCAUUCAGGUAUAAACCGAACCUACAAAGUGGUUGGAGUGGCAGAGGUGGGAGCAGAUGAAAAGACUAUAAAUUUUGAGGAUAAGAAGUGCACAAUACAACAGUACUUUGCCAAGAGGUACCAGAAAACCCUUCAUUUCCCAAAACUUAACCUCUUGCAAGUUGGUGUUGAAGCAAAGAAUGUCUUCUUGCCUAUUGAGUGUUGUAAGAUAGCCAAGGGACAGAAGGUGCAAGGAAAACUCAGUGACAGAGAGACAUCACAGUUCAUCAGAAACACAGCUAAGUCACCCUCUGAAAGGCUUCAGCAUAUCACCCGAAUGGUCCAGAAGCAACAGUUUUCAAAAGACAAAAAUAUACAGGGCCUUGAGUUAUCCAUAUCAGAUAUGCCAGUGUCUCUUGAGGGUCACGUUCUGGACAAUCUACAGCUAUGUAUGAGCAAGGAAUUUGUACCGGUGAAGGGAGUGUGGGACACCAGAGAGAAGACCUUCUUUGAGCCAGAACAUCUCAAGUGCUGGGCUGUCCUCAACUACAGCACUUAUGUUGUUCCAGGUGAUAGUUUGAAGAAAUUCAUCGACAACCUGAAGAAGAUGGGCAGGGAUCAGGGAAUGAACAUAAGUGAUCCAGCCGAUAUUUUCCCUACCUGCAAUCCUGCUCCAGAGGAAGAUCUUCCAAAUAUCAAGAGGAAGUUUCCUAAUAUUCAACUUAUUAUGGCUGUCCUGCCCCAAAAUAAAGACUUAUAUGAUCGUCUCAAGAAAAUUGGAGACCGAAAAAUCUGUGUGGUGACACAGGGUGUAAAAGACACAAAUGUGAAAAAAAAUGCCCCUCCUGUUGUUGGUAACCUACUGCUGAAAAUCAAUGCUAAGAUUGGAGGUGUCAACUAUGUUGUUCAGCGAAAUGAACUAGAGCAGAUAUUCAGUGAUCCUGUCAUGAUCAUGGGUGCUGAUGUCAACCAUCCCCCAGCACAUGAUAAGGCCACUCCUUCCUUGGCAGCAGUGGUGGCCUCUAUGAACAAUACUGCCUCAAAAUAUGCUGCGGAAGUUCGUCAUCAAAAAUGCAGAACAGAAAUGAUUCAGGAACUGAAAGAGAUGACGAAAAAUCUUCUUCUUGCGUUCUACCGACAAACAAAGAGAAAACCAUCAAGGAUUGUAAUGUUCCGUGAUGGAGUUAGUGAGUCUCAGUUCUUGAAAGUGUUGUCUUUUGAGCUGAAGGCCAUGAGGGCUGCCUGCACAGAGCUGGAGGAGACCUACCAGCCAGCCAUGACCUUCAUUGUUGUUCAGAAAAGACAUCACACAAGAUUCUUUUGCAAUGAGAGUGAUGGUGUAGGGAAGUCAGGCAAUGUUCCUCCCGGUACAACAGUGGACAAUACCAUCACCCACCCAACUCAAAAGGAUUUCUAUCUAUGCUCUCACCUAGGCAUCAUAGGAACCAGCAGGCCCACCCACUACCAUGUGCUGUGGGAUGACAGUGAUAUGUCCAUGGAGAUGCUGCAGAAGCUGACUUAUGCCAUGUGCCACCUUUACUCCCGGUGCACUCGCUCAGUGUCCAUUCCCACCCCAGCCUUCUAUGCACACUUAGUGGCCUACAGAGCAAAACUUCAUAGUCGGGAUCUUUGCCCAAGUGAAGCUGCAUCCAUGUCUUCAGGUGAAGAUCAAGUUGUCCCAAGUGAUGCUGUAAUGACUCUAGCGACAAAAGUAGACAUUAAUGACAAAAUUGCCAACCUUAUGUACUUUAUAUAAAGUAUGAUACAGUGGAAAAUAGAUGCUUCUGUCUACCACAGAAAUUAUAUACAGGUAGUCUGCAAGUUACUAUGGUGUUUGGGACUGAAAGGCCAGUCAUAAGUAAAAGUUUAUAUUAAAAUAUUAAGUAAAAUAUUAUUGAAAUGUCCCACCGUGGAUAGAGAUGCAGUCGCGCGCCUUCUACCCUCUACCCCUGCCCUGCCUCUUUCCUCAUGUGCUCACCUCACCCCAGCCCUUCACUUGGGUGACCUGUUAGCCACACAAUCUUGCGUAACAUUAUGCAAUGUAGCUACCAAGUUUUGCCAAGUCUGUGCAGGGGGUUGUGUUGGCAAGAGGGAGAGCAGUUUUUGUAAAAAAAAGGACGUGUUAUAGUUAUGAAUAGCCAGGGUCACCUCUGCUGCAUCUUACUUUGUUAGUUUCAUUCAACACUGAUGAAACAGUAAACAGUUACCUGUAAAGGCUGCUGAUGGAAUACUGGUAGGGAGCUGUUGUUCUGGUACGCCCUUUGAUUGCAAUCAGCUGAUCCACUGACUGGUUUCAUUGGUUCCCCCCAACCUGCUGGGAGUUUUGGGGGCUGAUGGGUGAAUCAGACAGCUGAGACAUGUAAACAGGGGAGGUAUUUAUGUAGACUCCCUUCACCCUUGCUCAGCUCACAUGCUAGACAAGUGAGUCAUGUCUCAGUAUUGCAAACACUGUUAAUCAUUUUAGUAGCUACUUUAUGUCUGUUUGUUUAGGGUAACACGUCCAUUGUUUGUUAAUGGUAUUGCAGGCUCACACUAUUAUCUCACUGUCUGGGCUGGAGUCACAGUUACUUGCACUUCGGAGUUGAUUGACGUUAGUGAAGUAACAAAAGGCCUUACCAAAAGUUGUGUGUUGGAAGUGAUGUAGAUCUGGCUGAGCUGAUGCCUUUCUGUCUUUUCUCUCUCUGGUUAUAGAAACGUGUAAUAAGGUUGUAACUAUAUUAUACAGUCUUAGUGCACAUGAGGAGUCACCUUAAAAGCCAACACCUACGAGGCACAUGUCUUGGUGUUUGCCCCAUCUGUCUUGUUCCGAGUUCCCUGCAGUCGGCGGUCCUCUCUCUCGAGCUGGUGUCCACCUUUGAACAUUCUUAGAUGUGGCACCACUCUCUCUCAAAGCUAACAAAAACCUAGCUCAUCUAAACAUCCAGUAACUCCAUACAGAGUUUGUGUUUUGACACUUGUAAGCCUUACAUUUCUAUCUGCAUGAUCUUAUACAUACAUUAGUGCCUUACAACACAGCUUACUCUGCCCAUCACUUCACCACUUACAGUGUAGGGCUAGAGCAAGAUAUUUUCUUCAUUAUGUCAGUUUAUUUUCUUCAUACUGUUACACCAACGGGUGUGUUUGGCUCGGGUGUUCUUGUGUUUGUUUGUGUGUGUGUGUGGGUGUGGGUGGGUGCCCGGGGCGGGGUUUUGUUAUACAUACCUGCAGAAAUUAAUGUAUGCCUCCGUGGUCUAGUGGUCAGUGUGCCUGGCUUCAGUAUUAUUCUAGUGUUUGCCCAUACUCACCCCUCGCAACCAAAAUUGGCUAGGGGGCCAUUGAGACUUCGGGGAAUGCGGUGGUAACCCGGAUGUCACACUGGCCUUGUGUCCCGAGGUAAUGGCUCCCUCUCACCACAGGCCCAAGGGCCAAUGUUACGGAGAUGAGCACCGAGGCCACGCGCUGCUACAGCGUAUGCCCCCAACUUUAUCUUUACCUUUAAUUGCAAAGCUGACUUUGUAGUUUCAGUUUUGAAUAUGUAAUUCCCAUUUUGUUUAAUUAUAAUAUACCUAAUUUCUGUA